GAACCCCAACAACAAGACAUUAACUUGGUGACCCUUAACAACCCUCAACAACACUUUCCUCAGGUACUGGUCAGUCUUCUUGCUAAGUGACUAAAGUUAGUAUGGCUCGACCUGGAGCUCAUAGGAAAUUUUAUGACUUCACUAAGUCAGAAGGACCAAAGGAGGAGAGGGAUGAAGUCAGCAGCACACCAGAGGAUCUUGUGAAGUAUGUGGCACAAAAUAUCAUCGGAGCAGAUACUGUUUUCUCGACCCCUUUUGGACCCCGUAAAGUUGUAUAUUGUGACUAUAUAGCCUCUGGGAGAUCAGUUAAAUUUAUUGAAGAUUACAUCAGUUGUGAAGUCCUGUCUCAGUACGGUUCAACGCACACUACUUCUACAGUCACUGCUCUCCAAACAACACUCUUCAGACACGAGGCCCGUGAUAUCAUUCGGAAUGCUACCAAGGCCUCGGAGCACGACAGAGUAUUGUUUGUCGGGAGUGGUGCAACUGGUGCCUUGCAGAAGUUGAUCCAUGGUUUAAACUUAACUGAAGCCCCAAUUGUGUUUGUUGAUCCAUGUUCACACCACUCAAGCCUGCUGCCCUGGAGGGAGAUUGGUGCAACGGUAAUUCGGAUUCGUGAGACAAAAGAUGGAAGCAUUGAUAGUGUUCACCUGGAAGAGAUGCUCAAACAACAGCAAGGAAAGAGUUGUCGCAUGAUAGGAUGUUUCACCGCAGCCAGUAAUGUGACAGGGAUCGUGGCACACGAUGUAGAACUCACUAUGCUUCUCCACAAGUAUGGUGCACUGGCAUUUUGGGAUUAUGCAACUGCUGCUCCUUAUGUGGAUAUUAAGAUGAAUCCAUUAGUUAGUGGAGAUGGUGACAGCCUUACUCAUAAAGAUGCCAUCUUCUUCUCAGUGCACAAGUUCCUUGGUGGAGUACAGACUCCAGGUAUUUUAAUUGCCAAGAAAUAUUUAUUUGAGAAUUCUGUGCCUGAAAUAUGUGGAGGAGGAACUGUGUUCUUUGUGUCACGAGAGUCUCACCGAUACUUACAGGAUGUGGAGACACGAGAGGAAGGUGGAACACCAGCCAUUGUGGAGUCUAUCCGUGCUGGUUUAGUGAUGCAACUGAAGAACUGCAUCACCCCAGAUUUCAUCACUACUCGCAACAGACACCUAUCAAGGAAAAUUUCAGACUUGGUUGGGAGUGUCGCAGAAUUAGAAGCUCUGGGUAAUGUUGAUUACCCCGACAGGCUACCAGUUCUGUCAUUUGUUGUGCGACAUCUGCAGUCUGGCUUCCUACUGCACCACAAUUUUAUCUGCGCAGUCUUGAAUGACGUGUUUGGAGUUCAAGCCCGAGGUGGCUGCGCUUGUGCUGGGCCCUAUGCACAAGACCUGCUUGGAAUUAAUGAAAACCUCGCUCAACGCUAUGAGGAGUUGCUGGUGGAGGACAGCAGAUUAGAUCGGUCACACCUUCGAAGACAACAUGAACAUAGCGAUGUGGAGGUGCUGAGGCCGGGUUUUGUUCGCCUUAACUUGCCAUAUUCAGCUUCAGAUGAGGAGGUUGAGUUCAUCCUGAGUGCUGUACGUGAGGUGUGUGUGAAUGGUUGGCGCUUGCUUCCACAGUAUAACUUCAAUCCAGAAACUGGUGAAUGGAAGCAUCACACUAACUUGGUGUAUAGAGAGAGACUGUGGUUACAGAACAUCUCUUAUGCUAAAGGUUGUUUUUCCUACCAGAGCAAGGAUAUUUCUGCAGAUGCUCCAGGUUAUGAAGAUUGUCUAAAAAAAGCUAGAAAUGUUUUUGAUCAAGCAACCAAGGCAGCCUUAAGACGUCAAGUUCCAGAAGAUGUCAUCCUUUUUCGGGAAGCAGCGGCUCAUUUACGUUGGUUCUUACUUCCAAGUGAAGCCAAGGAGGCUCUUCAGCAGCCUGCUGCAGCCUCUCUACCUCGUGAUAGUUGUGCUCGACUUCCUUUUGUGCCUUUGGCGUAUCCUCUGAAGGAAUCGGACUUGCGCAUAAGGCCAGAUUUUGUUUGGCAGCCUACAAGUAGUGGCUCACUUACAUCUAAAAGAACUAAUGUGUCAGUGAAGCAAAGUUAUAAUAUUCAAAAUGCUGAAGCUGAUGCUGGUAAAGAAAAUGCCAACAUGCAGCAGAAAAUAAUUGUUGGAGAGAACAAAAUCUUACAAAAUGAAAGGAAAGACAAUAGCAAUGAUAUUAAGGGGCUGAGAUGUGAGAAUGAAAAACAGGAUGAUCUUUCUUCUAUCACCAGAGCUGCAAAUGAAGAUCACAGAGAUUUAUCAACAAGAAAUGAUUCUGAUGAGACUUGCAAGAUUGGAGAAAAUACUUUUGUGUUAAAAGAAAACUCUAGUGUGAAUGUCAGUACCUUAGGAAGAAGCAUCAAUCUUGACAUGCUGAAAGAAAGUGAAGGUGCCAGAGAUGAUACGACAAUCUCGUCAAACAGAGACAACACCCAGAAAAGCUAUAAUAAUAUUAUUUCAUCUAGUAAAGAUUCAAAAUUAGUUUGUAAAGAUUUGGAGUGCUUUGUUGAGAGAAGUGAUGUCAUUCCUUGUCAGAUCAUUUCAGUGCAGAACAAGUGGCAUUCUCCUCCGAAAAAUAUAUUUAAUCCUACAGUUGAAGCCCUUCAAGAGUUUGGCAUGAUAAAAGAUAGCGACAGUGUUUUAGUUUGUCUAUCUGGAGGAAAGGAUUCUCUCUCACUGCUACAUACACUACGACAGUACCAGUUUUAUGCUGGUGCCAGGGAAAUCAAGUUUUCCUUGGGAGCAGUAACAGUGGACCCUAAGAGUGCUUCAUAUGACCCAAGGCCUCUCAUCCCUUACUUGGCUAGUCUAAACAUUCCUUACUUCUAUGAACAGCAAGAAAUUCUGAAGCAAGCUGCAGAUUUAGAAAACCUGAACUCUAUCUGCAGCUUCUGCUCAAGAAUGAAACGAGGCAGAAUAUAUGCUACUGCUCGACGUGAAGGUUACAAUGUUCUGGCAUUUGGCCAACACCUGGAUGAUCUUGCCGAGAGCUUCAUGAUGUCUGUGUUUCACAAUGGAAGGCUUCGCACAAUGAAAGCACAUUAUAAUGUCAGGGAAGGCGAUCUGCGAGUUAUUCGUCCUUUUGUCUAUGUACGAGAAAAAGAUUUAAGAAGAUUUGCCGAGUCCAAGAAGCUGCCAGUUAUUCCUGAAAAUUGUCCAGCAUGUUUUGAGUCACCAAAG